AAGCAAAAUAGAAAUGAAAUAACUGUUUCAGCAGUUUGGCGGUUAGCAUCUUCUCCCUGCCAAAAGCAAAAAGGGAGAAACUUGACGUUAAAAACCCUAAUCUGAAUCGAUUCUCAUUUUCCAAUCCUUCGAAAUCCGGCAGAAGAAGACGAUAUGAUUAUGGGUUCAUUGUUACAUGAUUUCAAUUCCUCCAUAAUAAUUCCCAGAAUUUUAAAGAUCGCCAUAAUGUUCUUCUUCUUAAAAAAAGCACAAUCUUUUCCUCCGCCGCACCUCAACGAAACCACGACGGCGCCGCCGUCAAUCUCCCUGCUCCUUUUCGCCCACGCCCUCCCGAUGGGGCUGUUUCCGGAGGGCAUUCUCGACUUUUACCUCGACAACGUCUCCGGCCGCUUCGAGCUCCACCUCUCCCACUCCUGCGCCGCCGAGUUCGAGACCCCUGUCUGGUACAACGCCACCGUGUCCGGAAUCCUCAGCUACGGCCAGAUUUCCGACCUCUCCGGCGUCGCCGCCCAGGAGCUUUUCCUUUGGCUCCCCGUCGACUCCAUUCGGGUCGACAUCCCUAGCUCCGGUUUGAUUUAUUUCGAUGUCGGCGUAGUUAACAAACAAUUCUCCCUCUCCUUUUUCGAGACGCCGCGUGUUUGCAACUUCCUAGGAAACGACGAGGAGCCUUCCUGGCCUCCAGGAGACCUCGUGUCAAUCGAGGAUCUUGGUCCGAUAAUCAAGACUGAAUCAGGGAAGGUGCUGAAGCAGCGUUAUCAAGAGGACGCGGGGAUAGCUGUUUCCUAACUUGUUGCAGGAAGAGUAAUUCGCCAAGUACCUCGAUCAGUGGGGUAAUUUGGGAACUUUCCUUCUACCUCGAGAGCGUUGAAGAAUGAAGACUCGACAUGUUACUGCAUCUCUAUUUGCUUUGUUCUUGUUGGCAGUUUUUUUUUUUUGUUUUUACCCGAGAGAGAAACACGAAGGUAACGAGAAACUGGCUUUAGGUGUUGUUGAUAAUGUACAGUUGAUAUGUAAGUAUAUAACAUUGUACUCACUCUGAUCUGAUCUCCUGGUGUAACUGGCAUUGAACUCAUAUUUUAAUUUGUUUUGUGUAAAGGAAGAAAACUUGAAUGGCAUUUAUGUAUAGCAGGUUGAACUUGAGUAGCAAUGAAGUUAAUAUAAUUUACCUAUUUUCCUUUGUC